UCCCUCAUUUCCCUUUGUUGGGUGUUACACCAGUGUAAGUCUGUCUUUCUGAAACUCCUUUUUCUUUUAAAAACUCUGUUUAUUUCUCGUUUGCUUUUCUAUUUAUAUUAUUGUGAAUUGUGACUAAGCAAUCAGAAACAUAAUAAUUUUAAUAGCGUUUUGGCUUGAUUUUAUUUGCUCGUUUGUGUUUACUUUUACUGGUUUUGGUUUUUAUGCUGUUUUACCCUUUUAAGUAAGCUCCUAACACUGUCUUCAGUUUUCUCUUUUAGAACAGCACUGAAGAAUUUUCUUUUCAUAAUGUAACAGUUACUGCUAUAGUUCUCAAAUUCUCAUUCCAAAAACAUGAGAGUUUUUACGAGGAAACUGGACUUUUAAGUCCUUCUUUUGUUGAUACCAUUUGUCAGGUCAGAUUAUUAAACAUUACUGGCCUGUGUGAAAGAAACAUGGACAAAGUCCCAGCCUGUCUCAUGAUCGGGUAUUUUUAGGGAGCUAUUAAUGGACAUGGGCUCUACAGAGAUCAUUUGCAAUCCUGAAAAUAUCACUUUCAACUUAAUAAUUACUUCUUCAAAGUGUGAGGUCUUCCCUCUUUCAGAAGAGCAAGGCCUUGCAAUCACACAUUAGGUGGAUCAGGUAACAAAUUAAAUGCUGCAGGUUUGCUGUGAAUUACUGCUGCCCAACUUUAGGAUGUUUCUAGAAUUACUCCAAACUUUUUUUGAGGGUUUCUUUCAGCCCAGCUGUCUUGGAAGACAGAGGUGGAUGUUUUGAUAAGAUUCAACCUGAAGAUUUAACAUCUGCUUCCAAUUAAAAAGCAGUGUUUCCCUACACAAAGUGAUCCAAGUUGUGCUGGUUUGCCAUGUAUAAUUCUAUGUAUAUGUUUGAUGACAAUUCUGAUGAAGAAAUCCCUACCCAACAAGCUAUUCAGGAAAGCUUACAAGAGAGGCAUAAAAUUGAAACAAGUGGCUGUGCAACAGAGGCUGAAAGUUUCCAGUCUACUGCAAGUGAAGAACAUGGAAAGAUAAUUGCAGCAAUUCAGACAGGCCAAGAAGAGGCCUUGAAGAAGUUGGUGAAGCACAGUUCUGCCUUUGAAGAAGCAGAUGAGCAAGGCUGGCUUCCUGUGCACGAAGCUGCAGCACAGCUAAAUAAGAACAUCCUUGAAAUAACUAUGAAAGCCUCCGAUGCCGGUACGUGGGAACAGACCACUCUAAAAGGGGAAACACCUCUGCUGGUGGCAGUAAGGAACUGCUUUGUGGACAACGUCUGCUUGCUCCUGAUCAAUGGCUGCAAUCCCAACGUUAAGAAUGAAGAGGGAGAUUCUCCUUUACUUAUAGCAAUUAAACAGGAUUCCUAUGAGAUUGCCUCCUUGUUGAUAAGAUCUGGUGCCAAAGUGGAUUUGCAGUGUGUCCACAAGAGAACUGCUCUACACGAGGCAGCCAGACUGGGCAGGAAGGAUCUGGUAGAGCUUCUCCUUCAUUCCGGAGCGGAUCCUGACCCUCGCAGUGGAUAUGGGCUCACACCUCUAGCACUGGCUGCACAGAUGGGACACACAGAAAUUAUGGAGCUCUUACUGCAAAAAGGUGCAGAUGUUCUUUCACAGGCAAUGGAUUGUGCUUCUGUAUUAUUUGAAGCAGCAGGAGGAGGAAAUCCAGAUUCUGUGAGUCUUUUACUAGAAUAUGGGGCUGAUGCCAAUGUACCAAAGCACUCGGGUCAUUUGCCAAUCCACAGAGCUGCAUAUAGAGGACACUUUCUAGCCCUAAAAUAUUUAGUUCCAGUUACUGAUUUUGCUGCCAUUAAAGAAAGUGGGAUAAGUCCAGUUCACUCAGCAGCAGCAGGAGCACAUCCACAGUGCCUCGAGUUUCUCCUCAAGUCUGGGUUUGAUGCCAAUUUUAUGCUGGAUCAGCGAGUUCGCAAAGGCUACGAUGACCACCGCAAAUCAGCCCUGUAUUUCGCUGUGUCCAACGGGGAUCUCUGUUCCACACGGCUGCUGCUGAACGCCGGAGCCCUGACAAACCAGGAUCCCAUCAACUGUCUGCAAAUCGCCCUGAGGAUGGGCAAUUACGAGUUAAUGAACCUGCUGCUCCGCCACGGGGCCAACGUGAAUUACUUCUGCAGAGUGAACACCACGCACUUCCCCUCGGCGCUGCAGUACGCCCUGAAGGACGAGGUCAUGCUGAGGAUGCUGCUCAACUACGGGUACAACGUGCAGCGCUGCUUCGACUGCCCCGGGGGAAACCACUGCCACUCGCAGUAUGUCACUGACGGCUGGACCUCCACUGUCAUCAAAGACACGAUGUUCUGUGAAGUGAUAACCUUGUCCUGGCUGAAGCACGUGUCUGGGAAGGUAGUGCGAGUGAUGUUAGACUACGUUGAUCACGUCAAGAUCUGCUGGAAGCUUGAAGCAGUUCUCAAAGAACAGAAACUCUGGCCAGACAUCCAUUUCAUUUUAACAAAUCCUCGCUCUCUGAAGCAUCUCUGUCGUCUGAAGAUCCGGGAAUGCAUGGGCCGGCUGCGGCUCCGCUGUCCUGUCUUCAUGACCUUCCUUCCACUGCCAAACUGCCUGAAAGACUACAUACUGUACAAGGAAUAUGACCUUUAUGGACAGGAAAACUUCACAGGAAUCUACAACCUCAGCUGUACAUAAGUAUUAGCUCUAUAUUUUGAAGGGAAUGUUAUCAUGGAUAAGACUGUUCUGCAGCUGCUUUUUUCUUUGGGGAUUUUAUCUCCUAUGUGUAUUAAGGAAUGCCAGCAUUCCCCUCUCACUCCCUGAAGAAACUGGGGAGAACCCCAAAAUGUAAGUAUUGGUGAUCCCAUUCUGUGUAUCUCCUGGAAUAUGACCUACCUGAGAGUUGUGGCAACAGUAUUUUAAAUGCCUACUGUGACAUGUUGAGGAAAUGUAAAAUGCAGGGCUGCAAUCCUUGUGUUACUGCUCAGUUAAACCCUGUUGUAUCAGAUAACCCUACCCCCACUGCAGGGUUAAACCCAGGGUUUAGUAAAAGGUCAGGGAUUUAACUAAAACCAGGAAGGGACGUAGUUCUUUUUUCUCUUGUACUUCCUCUUCUUUUGACAAGAAGUAGUUUUUAUUUGUGAGGUUCUACAAUGACCUUCUGCAGAGCAGCUCAAGUAGAUUUUUUUUUUUUUGGUCACCCUAUCAAGCAAUCCCACAUUCUAGGCAAUGUAAUGGGAUUAAGCUACAGAAACCUCUGCUUAUCCCAGCAGCUCGUGUGACAUACCAGUGUUUCAACAGGGCAGCACUGCUGAAAGCUGUUAGUUCUGCAGCUCAUGCUCAGGGGCUGGUACGUCUCAUCCACCAUGGACUUUGAUUACUCUCUUUCUAGAACUAGGCUUUCCUUUUACCGUGCUGGCCAAAGCCACGCUUGCAAUUUUUGGAGUUUCUCUCCAUAGAGUUGCAGCUUAAGCUUUCGGAGCACUGUUAUUUUAGGAAGUGUGACAGAAGUAUUAGGAAUACCUAUAGCACGCCUGUUCUUUCUAGCAGUACUGCAAAUGUCAGUUCAUAUUUUAGAAAAAAAAGAAGUUCAUCAACACAUUUGGCAUUAGUAGUAUUUAUUCCUUCAUUAUCAAGUAAGCAUAUAUUUUUUUUUUCUAGUUAUACAUGCAUCUUUAUCACGGAAGUUACAGAAUUCAAAAGUCUGCUUUUCCCCAGAAAAAUCUACAAACCUUAUAAAAUACAAAUUUAACCAUAAUGUAGUUAUGACCCAUGGCUUUUUACAUGGUGCUUAUCAUAUAGUAACCUACUGAAGCCUGUGAAGGUGAGUCCAGUACCCAGGUUGGUGCUGUGCUGUUCCCAUAACACCAGCUCUGCAGGGCCUGUCACUGUCCUGUGUGACAGCCCCCCCACAGGCACUGCACAGCCCCUGCCACAGCCCCACCACAGGCACUGCACAGCCCCUGCCACAGCCCCACCACAGGCACUGCACAGCCCCUGCCGCAGCCCCACCACAGGCACUGCACAGCCCCUGCCGCAGCCCCACCACAGGCACUGCACAGCCCCUGCCAUGGCUCCUCCUCAGCUUCAGUCUUGGAUUGUUGCAAAAAUAAGUUAUCAGCAUUCCCGAGUAUAACAACUUCCUCUGAGGUUAUCUGGCAAUAUGUAUGGAAAUGGAGAGAACUGAGCUACACUUGAUGACAGAGGGAGAUAACUGCAUGUUAGAGCUUUGUUUAAUGGAAGGGAACAUGUCCUGUCACCAGUAAUGGUACUUCCUGAAAGUCAGUAUUGUGAGAAAUGCAGGAGGCUUUUGCAUCAGUACAAGUCCCACCCAGAAAGUUAUGAGAGUUAAGCUUUUAUUUAAUCUACAAAAUGCUGACUGGAGCCCUGGCACAAUAGGGUUACUGUCCACGUUUCCAAGAUUAAGACACAACAAUCAGAGUUGACAUAAAUAUGCCACUGGUGGUUUUUAAUACAGCUAUUCAGGGAAAAUGUGCAAGUCAGUCUCAAACAUUGCAAAAAUCACUUACACUUCACCAGAACAGGACCAAUCCAGAACAUCAUUGUAAGAAUUUGACCACUCCACUCUAUUAUAAAAAUGACCAGAAAGAUUGUACAAAGUCCUUGUCUUGCAAUACAAAGUUCAUUAGGAAUACAAGUGAAUUCACAAUGACGCACUGACUUAUUCUUGUCAUGACAACUUAGAUACCACUGUGGCAAAGGAAAAAAGAAAAGCAACUUAGUGCUUGAUUAAAAAGAAAAGCCUUGGAGACUAAUUACCUUGCAAGAAUUUUUGUAAUAUAGAUCAAGAGAAAUAAUAAAAAAUAUCAGCUUUUGCUGUCAGACUAGACAAUAUCUCUAUUAAAUUCACUAAGCAGUGGCAGGUUUUCUUUCUCUAGGUGACUUAUUUCUGAAAUAACAAGAGACUAUAUCGUUAACAUAGUUCUCUCCAUUGGCUCUUCCCAAAUUCUGUGCAACUACUUAAUCAGAAUUUACCUUAAAACAUAAACACAGUCACAUUUACCUCUUUAUAUCAAUGUACAUAAAUUAUAGCUUCAUAAAUCACUUCAGCUGUUUCAGGAUUUUCAGCUCUGAGUUUACAUCCAUAUAAAGAGAAAAUCUGACAACUUUAUAAGGGGAAAUGUUCCUUAACCCUGAAAUAUUACUUUACUGUUAGAUAGUAAAUUGUCUUGAUACAAUUUCAAACCUAAACAGAUUAAGGAAGCAAGACUAUGAUAUUCAAAUGACUUUACAUUACUUGCUUGUAACCACUUAUAUAUGGUUAAGUUGUACAUGACUUUGCCCUUGUGCUCUGCUUUAGACUUGGCCACAUCUACCAGAGCCCACAGAGGAGUGCCAGGGAUUAUCUAUAAUGCAAUAAAAUGCACACCCACAAGCACACUUGAUAUGUUUUAUAUACAUGCCAUUACAUACAUAAAGAAUGUAUGUAGCUUGAAACAGCUGACAGCAAGACUUGCUUGUUCUGCAGCAUGAAAACCUACAGAGUUACAAGGUUAACAUCCCCUCACCUAAAGGCUAAAAUUGUGGCAGGAACUAUGAGGCUGCAAUUAGCAACAUAACAAGUUAAUCCUGAACACCUCUGCCAAUCAGUACCUGCACAAAGUCACUUCAAAGUCAUGGACUUGAAAGAAUGUUUUCAGGAGUAACUAAAAUAAUAGUAGAUGCACAUGAAGCAAACUACAGCUUCAGGUGGAAGUACUUGUAAGGUCAGCCUUUGAGUAAAAGGCAAUAGGAAAUAAUAAACAGGAGAAAUAAAUUACAGGAGAGGAAAUCAACCAGUAAUUUAGUCACAAUAAUAAAAUGCUCAGGUGGUGAAAUCCUACCACAGCAGUUCCCAGCAGAACACAAGGUGUUCCCACUAAAAGUCAUGUUCUCAAGGAAAAUACUAAGCAUUCUGAUUUCUUUUUUUAAUUAACAAAACUGUUUUCUAAUGAAGUAAUUCUAGACCUCAUAGGAAGAAAAGGUACCAAAUAGUUUUUUAUUUUGGGAAGGAGACCAUGGAUAAUAACUCAGCAACUAUUUUUGCCUUGAGAUAAUUCUAAUUACAGAGCUGUGUGAUCCUUCCCUUGGGCAAAGCUCUCACCCCCCUGAUAACUCAAUGCACCAUUCCCAUCUGACUUCCUCCCCUCUGCUGACCUUCUUGCUCAUUUUAUACCAGUGAAACUCCCCUAAAUAAGCAAAAAAACCAACCCCCUCAUUUCAUUCAUGAAGAUCAAUCUGUUUUCUUUAACUACUCUCUUCAAUCAUGUCCCCUUCUAGUGGUUAAGAUGAAAAUCAUCCAACACAAGUGCAAUCACCUCACUCCUAUGCUGUCUGUUUUAGAAAACUACAUUUAACGGCAAUGGGAAACUACAUUUCAGGCAAUGGAAAGCCUGAAAAUCAAAUGGAAUAAUUCCAAUCAUGUAUUGCUGAAUCUGAAAAAUCCCAUACGGUGGUGAAUUCACCUGCCAUUUUAUUUGCCUUUCUUCCUCAUCUUUGCAGAUUUAGAUCUAAAAUUGUAAUAGUAGGUUUCAAGAAAAAAUACAGUAAUUCCAUUUUCUGACAUUUCUUCAAUAAGGCUAAUGCAGAACAGGCUACACAUCAGAAAUGCUUUGUCAUGAGACUGCUCAUCUAUUACCUGUCCUCCCUCUGGAGCCUGGGCUACUGCAGCUCAAGUGCUUAACACAAUCCUUCCCUGACCAGAUGAGGACUGGGUUCUAGACACUGGAGAUCACUGAUUUCAUAGUCUUCCUGUGCUGUUUCUAAACUACUUCAUCUUCAGCAUGUACUUGAGAAAGAUACACGUCAUAGCAGCAAUCUUGAGCUGCCCUGUGAUAUUAUUUGAUAGAAAACAGAAAUAUCAGUAAAUAAAAACAAACAAAAACCCCAAACUAAUGAAACAUGAACCGGAAUAAUUUGGAGAGACAAACUGGCUGCACUGCACUCUCUCUAAGCCUUGAUUUAGGCCCAAAAUGGGAAAAAUUUGGAUUUGCAGCCUCUGUACAUUUUUGUAGGAAAGAAUUAAUAUAGUCUCUUAAGGAUACUAGAUAUGAAAUAAAAAUGCCACUCUCUUAAAAGAAGCCUCAGACUGGUGUGGUCCAUGUGACUGUGUGGUAGCCAAAGCUGGUCACAGGGCAAUACCAUUUGGCCUCACUGGGCAACAGCCAAAGCAGGUAUUUCUGCAAGUGUCUGGCUGCUCUGGGGCUGAAAAAUGCACUGGAACAGGGCCUGGGAAUUAACUUGGGAGGGGAACCUGGAGGCUCUUUGCUGCUCAGCUUCCCCCUCAAGCCAGGGGUGCUGUGACCCCUGUACUGUCACAGGUACUGUGAUACCUUCGGUGACUGCUCCAGCCCCUCCCUGGGCUGUGGUGCCACCAACAUCUGCUGGGAGUGCUCCAACUCCUGCUUGUCUGCUCGUCCUGCUGCAAGGACAGGCACUGCUGCCCUUCUCUCCUGCCUCAGGAGUGAUCAGUGAACUCCUGCACACACAGUCACAGCUCCAGCACCAAGAGCAGGAGGAGCUGCCUUAGCCAGUGCAGGGCACUCCAGUGUGCAAGGAGAGCCCUCUGUGCACCUACAGAUGUGACCUGAGAUUCCUCACUGACUCCAUCAGCACUGAGCAGCUCCAGCUAUGAAGGGCUGGGCCAUCACCAGCUGCUGGGGAGAUACUCUGAAAAUUGCUUCCAUUCCUGAACACCAGAAAUGCCCUGCAAUGAACUGUAAACCACUCAUAACUGUUAUAUUAUAACUUGGACUAUAAGUAUAUUCUUCUCUCUCUACAUAUCCUGUUAUCUUCAUGCCACUAUUAGAGAGCUAUCUAUCUUCUGUUCCACUGGAUUUUAAUAUUUAUAGUAAUUAGUGCAAAAAUAAAUAUUUCUCUUCAAACAACUUUUCUCUUCUGGAUCAAAAGGUGAAUGCACAUCUAAUACUAUACAAAAUAAAUAUUACACAGGGUAUGGAAUAUGGAGUGCAGAUUGCAAGCUGUAAACAGACACUGCUUUGAAAAAUGCUUUCCAGGAUUGACUCUGGGAUGUAGGAUUAGCAUCAUCUCUUACUCCAGAAAUGGCAAAUUCUGUUUGCAAAAUUACUUUUUAUAGAAAGACUUACAGAGCCUUAACUCCUUUGCAGUAGAUGUAGUGUACUGGCAUCAAUGCAUUUACACAGGCCGAAGAUUUUUCAAAUGAUGGAAUUCCAAAUGUUCUUGCAACUCUAAGCAUGUUUUAUAAAAGUGAACUCAAAGGCUUACAGCUCUUUAUUCCAAGUACUGGGGAAAAACCAAGAACAUGGCACUUGUGCUACAAGGCUAUAUACAUUACUUCUAUAAUUUGAUGAGGAAUGCUUUUCCUCAUGCAGCAAAGUUCAACUGCAUCUCAUCAGCUCUUAUCUAGGUCUGACAGUAUCUUUUUCUCCUGUUGAAAGAAGUCUUUCAGCAUUAUAUUCACUCCAAAGAGACCCCAAUGCAAUAUCAUACAGUGCAAAAUGAAACAAAAACGAUCCUUCUGUCUAGAACUAUUGCACAUCUCACUGAUGUUAAUAAGGAUUUUUCUUUCUAAAUCUAAGAACAGUUAUGUGCAACAAAUUGGGUAAAGCUUAGCACUGUCUUAUAUUCAUUUCUGUUUCCAGCAAGGUGUUCUCCAUAGUGCAGUGUAUAGAAUGAGUUUCAUGUACUGCUGAAGCCCAAGGGGAGUUUUAAGUUUUGCUUCAAAAGCAGUUAAUUGCACAGAGAAGUAAGUGGGAAAAAAACCCACAUUUUUUUUCCAUACUGCAGAGAAGCCUUGAGAAAACAUAAAUUUGUAAUAAACAUGGCAGCAUCACCAUGCUUCAUCUGGCAUACGGAAGAGAAAUUAUACUGAUAGGAAAAUGGAAAUCACUUAACUGAGAAAUAAAAAUCAAGGCAUAAUAGGGUCUAUAUAUUGAGAAGUCUUUUCUAUAAUACAACAGACCCACCACCUACAUUUCACUUCUUGUAGAACUUGUGCCUUUUCACCAGAUAUAUCCAUGAUUCCAAUUUUAAUGAAGUGGGCAGCCUUAGGCUUCGGAUUCUCUCUUCUUCUUUCCAUCUUCUCCUAAAUCACUGUCUUCAGACUGGCUACUGCUCAGGACUACAAACUGUCCUUCUCCACUGCUCUGGUUGGAUCUGCUGGAAGCAGCUAUCAGCCGGCUCUGCUCCUCCAAGUCCUAAUGUGAGGAGAGGGGUUGGGAAAUCAGAACAAGAAUAUUACCCUUAAAGCCAUCUGGAAUUGACAGAAGGUACCAUUAUUAUGAUUUCUAAACUAUCAAUACUAUCAGUGGACAGCUCUGUACAGAAGGAAUGAAAAGACUGAAUAGGAAACCAAAACAUUCACCUUUCAGUAGCUGCAGUAUUAGAACAGCUCCCAGGUUAACACAGCUGCACCUACAGCCCACAGGGCACAGCAGGCCAGAACAACCAUCCUCAGCUACACUGAGAAAGGCAAUGGAGCUGGGAAGGGGCUGCAGCACAAGUCUGGUGAGAAACACCUGAGGGAAUUGGGGUUACUUAGCCUGGAGAAAAGGAGGCUCGGGUGGGACCUUCUCACUCUCUACAACUGCCUGAAAGGAGGGUGUAGCCAGGUGGAGACCAGUCUCUUCUCCCAAGUAACAAGCAAUACAAUAAGAGGAAAUGGCCUUAAGUUGCACCAGGGGAGAUUUAAAUUGGAUAUUAGAGGAAAUUUCUUCACCAAAAGCACUAUCAAGCACUGGAACGAGCUGUCCAGGGCCAUGCUGGAAUCACCAUCCCUGGAGGAGUUUAAAAGCCAUGUAGAUGUGGCACUGAGGUACAUGGGUUAGUGGUGGCUUGGCAGUGCUGGGUUAAUGGUUGGCCUUGGUGAUCUUAAAGAUCUUUUCCAACCUUAGUGAUUCUGUGAUUCUUGAGCCCAUUUCCUCCCUGUGUGACUGAACCCUCGUCAGCAAAUGAAACUAUUUUGUGUCUGUGAUAGGUGUUCCUUCAAGCACUGCUCUUAAGUAUUCUCAUAAAGAUGUUUUGUCAUGCAUAUCCUCAAGGAGCUCUUUUUAAAAACUACUAUACAAAAAUAUACAAAAUCUGCAUAGGAAACACUUAUGAUAAUUAACUUAAUAAUGCUCUAUGAACCUGUACUGAAGAGUAUGAUAGUGGAGCAUGGAGUAAAAACUGCAAAAGAAAGGAAAUAGAAAAAACCUAAUGUUAAGAAAUAAUGAUGAAACUUGCCUUUUCAAUUUGCUUUUGUUUAUUCAGUUCUUUUUGUUGUUUCUCUUUGACUCUCUCUAUUUCUUUCUGCUUUUCUGUUGCUUUUCGAUCCUGAAGGGCAAAAAUGUAAAUAAAGUAAGUAACAACCUGA